UGGAGCCGGUCCGGCCCCGCCGCAGCAGAGGGAGCGGAGCGCCCCGGCGGUGCCAUGGGGCUGUGCUGAGCGCCCGGCCCCGCCGCCCGCCCGUCCCGCGGCGCCCCCCUGCCCCCCGGCCAUGGCCCCUAUGGGCAUCCGCCUCUCGCCGCUCGGCAUGGCCGUGUUCUGCCUGCUGGGGCUGGGCGUCCUCUACCACCUCUACUCCGGCUUCCUGGCCGGCCGCUUCGCCUUCUUCAUGCUGAGCGAGCCGGCGGCCGCCGGGCCCGAGACGCCCCACGGCUCCGCCGCCGGUGGCGCCGUGGACCUGCGGGAGCUGCUGGCCGUGUCCGUCCUGGCCGCCACCAGGGGCGGGGAGGAGGUGAAGCGGGUCCGCGAGGGGAACGUCCUCAACGCCAAGGCGAAGGGGAAGACGCGGGAGGGGGCCGAGGAGCAGCUGACGACCGGCGACCUCCUCUCCAACCGCAGGAUGUUCUACCUGCUGAAGAGCGCCUUCCCCGCCGUGCAGAUAAAUUCUGAGGAGCGUGUUGACACAGCUGAUCAGGAGACAGUCCCUUGGGAUCACAGUAUUCCUGAAGACAUAAAGCAAAAAAUACAGCCUAAAGAGGUUCCAGCAGAAAGUGUUACUGUCUGGAUCGAUCCGUUAGAUGCUACACAAGAAUACACAGAGGAUCUUCGACAGUACGUCACCACAAUGGUUUGUGUGGCUGUAAAUGGUAAACCAGUAAUAGGAGUGAUACACAAGCCAUUCUCAUCAUAUACAGCUUGGGCAAUGGUGGAUGGUGGGUCGAACAUAAAAGCUCGUUCCUCCUACAAUGAGAAAACUCCAAGGAUUAUUGUAUCCCGCUCCCAUGCAGGAAAAGUUGAGCAGGUUGCACGGCAGACAUUUGGAAAUAAAACUGUGAUAAUCCCCGCUGGUGGAGCAGGUUAUAAAGUGUUGGCCCUCCUUGAUGUGCCUGAGAAGAAUCAAGAAGAAGCUGACGUGUAUAUCCAUGUCACCUACAUUAAGAAGUGGGACAUAUGUGCUGGAAAUGCAGUGUUGAGAGCAUUGGGUGGCCAUAUGACUACCCUGACUGGUGAAGAAAUCAGUUAUACUGGCUCAGAUGGCAAUGAGGGAGGACUUAUAGCCAGUAUCAACAUGAACCAUAAAGCACUAAUUGAAAAACUUCCAGAUCUGGAAAAAACAUCACACAAAUAAACAUGACUGAUGGAGAAGUACAAGUUGUGCUUUUGUAGCCUCCAGAUGCUCUGUCUGAAGAAGCAGGUAUGAAAACCUGCUGGGAAAGAUGCACAGCAAAGCAAAGCAGUUUGGUGUGGGUUUGAGGACUAUAUCCUGCAUUGGGUUUUCGUCAGUGGUGGUAUUUAAAAGAGAAUAAAAUAAUAAUAAUCAGAAGUAGGAAGGGGACUGAUGGCCUCACACAUCAAUUUUUAUGUUUUAUUUUUUUCAAACUGUUUUCAUGCAGUUCUCAUACUUAAGGUGCAUAUACCAUAUAUAUUAGUGAACGUAGGUGAACUAAAGCAAAAUCCAAAUUUUUUCAUAAAAUAACUUAAGUAUUUCUCACAGGAAUUUCUUGAAACCUUUUACAUCUUACUGUAGUUGUAGCAACUCCAUAAUGAAUUAGGUACUAAAAAAAUUUGAUUUGAAUAGGCAUCUGAUAACUGUGAACAGUUUUGUCAAGAAACAUGACCUCAUAUUCUGUAUCCCCUGAAUGGAAAGCACAAGAAGGUUGAUUCAAAUCUAUAUGCAGCAACAGUUUAUCUUUGACAGUGUGGCACUCCUGCUUUUUAAGAGAAAAAAAGAAAUGUUCUGUACUAUUUUAACUUCUUUCCUGAAGAUGUAAACCAGUUUUAGUUCAGGUGGGUUGUGAAUAUCGGUGUUUUAUUAAUCAGUGUAAUUAUUUCCAUAUACCUUUUUAAAAGAAGGCAGUGUUUCCUUGUAUAGUUUUUAGCAGUUACUUCUUGUCCUUGUUUUCUGUGUACAGUGUUGAAGAUGCAUGCUAGAUUUUUCUCUAAUGUAGGACUUGUUCAUCAUUUGGUGUUAGAGCCGAUUGAAGCAGCCUCUUCCUUCAGUACCUGUUAUUUUGUUUGUUUUGGGUUUUUUUUUUUGUUUGAAUGGAGUCAUAGGGAAUGGGUUUAACAGAAAUAGUAAGUUGACUGGUUAUUUCCAUUUACAACAUGAGAUAUAAACCAGCAAUUUUUCUGCAGCCCUUGAAAUAACUUUGUCUUUUUAUCUUAAGGUGCACUCUUUUCUGCAGAAAGCUCUUGAGCCAUCCCAAACAGCUUGUGGGUUGUGGUAAUGUACAUAGAGAGAGAGAGACCAUUUGAACUUGAAUCUGUUUAAACAAAUUUGAAGAACAUGUGGCACUUGAAGUACAGCAGGGUCUCCAGAACUUUACUGAAAAAUGUUCUUUCCAAUCCAGUAUAUACACAACAGAAUGUGAGUUCUUUGAUAUCAAAUGACAAUUUGUUGCACCUCUAAAAUGUGUGGAGCUCUAUCUGUAAAAAUGUAACCAUCUGCACUGUUGUUCUUUGCACCCCCUCAAGGGUUUCAGAAGGUUAAAAUAUACCUGUUGUUUGAAUUAUUGUAAAGAAGCUUCCCCUCUCUCCUCAAGAAAGCUAAAAUUUUUAAUUAAUACAGGUGUUUUCUGUUUGAAGUUUAAUCAGUAUAGACUUAGGUUGUUUAAACCUUAUUCUUAGUGACUUUAACUUCUUUCAUGCUAUUAAUCAGAACUGCAGUUCUGAGUCAAAAGAGGUUUUUCUUUUUAGAUCAGUAGUAGAGCGUGGCUAGAUAUUGAUUUUAACUUCUAGCUGAAGUUCACAUUUCCAGAAGAUCUUCUCAUAUGUUGCAGAACUAUGGAUACAGCCUUUUAUUCCUCAAUCUUACUGGCAAAGUAGACUGAAGCUUAGUCCUACUAGCCUUUUGGUACGGGUAGUUUUGUUUAGGGAGCGUUUUUUCUGACGUUAACACUAUUGCUGCUCUUUGAAAAUAGCUUUUACAUAUGUAGAUAAUACACAAAGCAACUUUACUUCCAGUUCUUAAAUUUAAUAAACUGCUAUAUGCUAUGACAAAUAAGCGAUUAUGCCCUUUUUGAAAAGGAUCUGAUCUAUUUCAAAAACUUGUUUAGUUUCUAAACCGCAGUGAAGAAUAAAAAGCCAGAUAUUUAUCAAGGUUUUAGUAAUAUACAAGAAGACUGCAGCUUUUUAAGGCUGAUUUAAAUGUCUUAGAGCCUAAUAAAAAAACCUGUUUAUUUGUUAAAGAAGACAGAUUAAAAUUUAAAUAUGAGAAAUAGCCCUAGUUAGCCUAGUGUAAAAACCCAUUUGUGUCACAGGGAUUGAAUGCACAAUAUUUAAAUAGGCAAUUAAGACAAAGGCUGUGGCAGGUUGUGAUUUUAGAUUCAGCCUGAAAUCAUGUGUAAACUUACCUUGUGAAAAUGUGACUGCUUUUAUUUUGGGUAUGCUUCUGUCACUUCCUUGCAUAAGCUGUAAUCAGACAGCUUCUGUAUGGGAAAUGAAAAAUAAGCUGUUAUGUAAUGUAUCAGGGCUUACUUGCAUCUUAGUUGAGGGAAAAGCAAAUACCUUAGGAAAAGCCCUCUCCUUCCUUCCAUGUGCUGGCUAAAGAGCCUAGUCUUCCAUUAGUGAGACUUGUGCUUGUUUGGACCCAUUUAUGUUCUGAAUUGCUUUGUUGCAAUGGAUCACAGUGUUCAGUACCUGUCACAGGACACCCUUAUUGGCCUAAUCUCACUUCCUGUGAAAUCGAAGGCAAGGUGAGAGUGCAAUGCCCAGUUGAUUACUUCUAGCAGAGCCUGAGCUCAAAGAGUUUUCUCACAGCUGCGGCUUAAAGUGGUGCUUGGGGUCUCCCACUCUAGUUUAAAAAGUAGCUGCUUUGGUAUGAGAAUAGGUAAGCAGCUGAUGAAUAUCAGUUUCUGAUGUAAUUUUGCAAUAAAUGUAACUGUUACACAGACCAGCAAAUAUUCAAAAGUGCUGGCUUAGCACACGUGUGCCAGUGCACUGCGUUGUUCGUACGACGUUAAUGCUCAGCACAUCCUAUUUCUUUGACUAUGUUUACACUCCAUUCUAAAUCAUUUUGCUGUUUUAGCUUAAAUACUUGUUUGGUCUCAGCAGUGUGGAUGUAAGCUUAUGCCCAGAGGGAUAGGAAAUGGUACCAUACCUGUAUUUCACUGCUAGGCUAGAACAUUGUUCUUUGCAUCCUAACCUUUUCCACAUAAAGCUGUCAUACCGUUUUUAGGGAUGCUACUUAAAACAAUUGCAUGAUGUAGGUCAGUCCUACGCAAGUAUAUAUUUUCUAAAAAUCGUGGUAUCAUCCUAGUUCCAAAUAAGAGAAGUAAGAGAAUGUAUUAUUUUAGUAUUGGUUUUCCAGUGAUGGAUUUUUUGAGUGGCUAUUAUGGUUAAGGUAAUUGAAAGUGAAAUUAUUCUAAAACCAUAUGUAUUUUCUCUUUUUCAUUCUGCUAAAAAGAGUGUAUGGUAGAUAAAUGAUACCUAGUACUGUACCAAGAGUCCUAGCUUUCAUUCCUUGAAUGAAUGUUUUCUAAAUAAAUGGACACAGAAAUAAAAGGGUUGAAUAUUGUACUUAACUGGUUUUGAGAUUAACCUGUUUGGCAGACUUUUACAGAUGGACUUAUAUAAGAGCUGUUCCAAUCUACAAAGCACAUAAUAAUAAUGAAAAUACUUAGCAGAGAUGGCUUACUUGGAUAGUGAGUUAACCAUAUAGGUGAAGCUGCAGUCAUCUAGUGAUGUUGGUUCAUACAUUUACUUUUACUUCGUGGUUGUUAGAGUGGGAAGAUUUUCUAGUUGGCUUCAGAUGUGGAGAAGAGUUUUGAUUUUUUUUAAAUGGCCAGUGGCUGGAGCUCAGGGGCGGGGAGAGUGGAGUCAGCAUUGGAAUUUAUCUCUGCUGUUUUGUUUAUAAACAAGUGUAUUCCAACAUCUUUGUAGCAUCCUGUUGUCUGUUGGAGUUGUGCAACAGUGGUUCAAUUUUGUGUACUCUUGGAUUAGCAGUGUAAAACCAGGAAUCUAUAUCCCCCAAGAACAAUGCAGAGACUGAGUGUUGUGCUGCACUUCUGCUGUGUUAUGCCAGCAGAGACUGGCUGCUUCAUUGUCUCAUAGAUGUCAUUCCAGUUGCAGUUUGUCUCAUAGCAAAACUGCUUUUCUAGGCUACUGUCUCCCCAGUUAUGCCCAACCUCUGCAUAGAUCUGUUUCCUGAGCAAACUAGAGAAGUGAAGAGGAAAGAAGCAGAUGACUGUGCUGAAGAAAUUAUAACACAAAACACUUAUUUCUAUUUCUUGAUUUUUAAAUUACAUUGAUCAUUUAAUUUCCCUCAUCUUUCAGGGGUUAGAUAAUAAUACAGUUAAAAUUCAAUGAACCACAAAUAAAUGCCUGUGAGAUUUUAAACCCAAGCUUGAUGAGAGUGCAAAGGACUGCCCGUAAUCAAGGUGAGCCUCAAUGGAUGGUUUUCUGUCAGGCCAUUCAUGCUGAGCCUUUCUUCAAUGCUUUGGUUUAGAUGUUUAGACCCUUUCACACAAACAGUUACAGAUUUGACUUUGCCAAAAUAUGCCUGAUGGUCUUAUCUUCUGAUCUGCUAUCCUUAAUGAUAAAACUGCACUAUAGCCCCUUCACUGUAAUGUAACUCACUGAGACAAGAAUAUGGUAACUCUCAGGACUCAAUUGCUUGAUCUGUGAACCACAGCUUCUGUUUGGCAGCUCUUACAACAAAGUGCUGGCACCUGCUGUGAGUGUCUCCCCACCCUACAAGCAGGUCGUGCCACUCACGGUUCAUAUUGAGAAGCUGUUGAAGCCUUCACUUCAUGGUCUUCAGAUGCCACAUCAGCUCUUUCAGCUCUUUUGAGAGAAGUUCAGAAGUGCUCAUCUGAUUUCUUACUGGAGCUCCCUCUGGAGCCAGUAAUUAGUGGUCACUUUUCCCUCUUUACUCUUCCUCUCUGUUCCUUUCUGAUCCUUGCUCCUUUCUUAGUCGAUAUGGAAAAGAAAAAUGAGAGAUCAAAGGUGAAGACAGUCACAAAAUGAGAGGGCCCCAGCAGUAAACUAUCCAGUUUAUCCUGAAGGUAUUAAUGUUUGGGACCAACAUCUAAUGUGCUGAUUGUACCAGAAGGGUAAUAGUUGCCAACAAAAUAAUGGUAACCUAGAGAUGUUCAUGUGAUUAGUGGUACUGAACAUGCAGAGAAGAUGCAAAUGGACUAAGGGGAAGUUAAACACACAAAAACAAAACAGCUUUUCAGUGUAGUCUUACAAGCAUUUGACAUUUGUGGCCUCCUGGGUGCAGAGCUUCAUUGGUUGUGAAAGAAGGUGCAUUGGCCCUCUGUGAAAGGCCUGAUUUUGUUGAACUCAAUAGCAGCAUUCCCACUGAACUCAUUGUGAGCAGAAACAAGCCAGAUAAAACAGGAACAGUAAAGUAAGUUCUGAAAAGCUCAACUUGUGUCAAUAGAGCAGAUGACCUGGGUUGUGUUAAACUUGCCUCUGGCAGCUUCAAUCUGCAUUCGGAAACAUCAUCCCAGUGUCUUGAGAUUCUAAGUCUUUCAGGUUUUUUUAUGGUCUACAAUUGAUAGAGCCUACUUUUAGAUAAUCUUAUUUCCUAACCCAAUUUUUCCUUAUUUGUAAUUCACAUUUCAUUUUUUCUCUCCAAAGGACUGGCAACACUCCAGCAUUUUUCCUGUUGUCCCACCAAAUUGUAUUAGCAUUUUCCAACUGUGUGCCAAAUUGAAAUAAUUCUAUAAAUAAACUCUCUGAAACUA